UUUGUCGUUCUAAAAUACAUCAGCCACUUCGGUGUGCUUCAUGGUUCCUCAUCCUGGGACUUGCAAACAAAAUGCGCUAUGCGCAGAUUAGCGUGUAUUUCUCGAGGUCUAGGUGGCAACUCCAACGUGGACGCCGUAUCUGCUGUGCUGCCGCAGACGUGGCAGACCUCUGAGGUGCCGCAGUGUCGAUCAGUUGUCUGCUUUAAAACUGUUUCGUUAUCUUCUGGCACGUCAACGUCGCAGCAUAAAAAUCGCUGUCUACGAUGAGCGGCGUCCUGACGUCCACCGAACGAAUCAUGCGUCCGAGUGACGCUGAAAGUGGACUGAUUAACUUGGCGGGUGCCCCGCCGUCAUGGGCUGAGAGCUUUACUUGGAGGAUGGGUCAGAGGAAAAGUCUGUGGAGGCUAUGGAAGCAACUAUCAAGACUCCAACGGUCACUGCUGCUGGUGCUUGCUGUGGCCGCUCUGGUACUUGUGGCAUCACGCAUGGGCCAAGCUCCUGUUCCAGCAGCCCCUGUUGCGGAGACUGGCCGACCCCCUGAGGAGGCAACACCUCCGCAGAUCUUACACUCAACUCCUCAGCCCCCGGAGGAUAUAAAGGGUCUACGUGAGCGCCGGGAGGCUGUGGUGAAUGCAUUUCGCCAUGCUUGGAAAGGCUAUAAGGCAUAUGCUUGGGGCCAGGACCAUCUGCGACCUCUUUCACGCACAGGGCACACCUGGUUUGGCCUGGGUCUCACAAUUAUUGAUGGCAUGGACACCAUGUACCUUAUGGGCCUUCAUGAAGAACUUGCUGCUGCUCGAGAGUGGGUCGCACACAAUCUUCAGCUAGCACAGCACAGAGAUGUGAACCUAUUUGAGACUACUAUUCGUGUCCUGGGUGGACUGCUGAGUAUGCACACCCUUACUGAGGAGCAGCUGUACCUUGACAAGGCGCUAGAACUUGGGCACCGUUUGCUACCUGGGUUCCGGUCGACAUCGGGGGUGCCCUACUCAGACGUGAACCUUGCCUCCGGAGUGGCGCAUGCCCCUGUUUGGGCUCCGGACAGCAGUGUUUCGGAGGUAGCCACGCUGCAGCUUGAGUUUCGUACUCUGAGUCGUGCGUCCAGGGACUCUCAGUUUGAAAAGAAGGCUUUUGCUGUCUCUGAGCUGUUGCACCAGUUGCCUAAAAAGGAAGGCCUGGUACCCAUGUUCAUCAAUGCGGAGACGGGCCACUUCAAUGCAGAUUCUACACUGACCUUGGGGGCUCGUGCUGACAGCUACUAUGAGUACCUCUUGAAGCAGUGGCUCCAGACAGGAAAAACAAUUGACUGGUUGAAAGAAGACUACUUGGCUGCUGUGCAAGGCAUUCAGAAGUAUUUGGUUAGGCGUUCAGAGCCUAACAAGUUGCUUUUUAUUGGAGAGCUUGUGCGUGGCCGCACCUUCUACCCAAAAAUGGACCACUUGGUGUGCUAUUUCCCUGGGACACUCAUGCUGGGCCAUGUUGUUGGAGGAAUGCCACAAGCUCACAUGGAACUGGCUUUAGAACUUAUGGACACUUGUAUACGCAUGUAUUCAAUCAACCCAACAUUCUUGUCACCUGAGAUUGCCCACUUCAACAUGAAACCACAGGGUACUCGUGAUAUCUUGAUAAAGGGCAAUGAUGCACAUAACCUUCUUCGACCAGAGACAUUGGAAAGCCUCUGGUACAUGUACUAUUUCACACGCAACGAGACUUAUCGGGAUUUGGCUUGGCGUAUCUUCCAAGGGUUCGAGAAGUACUGCAAGGUGCCUGGUGGUGGGUACACAACAAUCGGGAGUGUGCUGAACACGAAGCAAACUGGCCCACGUGAUAUGAUGGAGAGCUUCUUCCUGGCUGAAACACUAAAAUAUCUCUACCUGCUCUUCAGUGAGGAGGAUGUACUGGAGCGGUAUUCUCCAACCAGAUACCUAUUUAAUACCGAAGCCCAUCUGCUCCCUUUGUACUCAUCCUGACACUACACUUCAGCUAUAAUUAGCAUUCCCCAUCUUAGCGAUCGUUAAAUUGAAGGAGUACUCCGUGAUCAGUGUUACCGUAGGCACCACUGCUGCGUAGAUUGGUGGCCAUUGGCUCACAACUUGCAGUGCAGAUCGGAGCUUGCACUGCCCAUGUCAAUCCAUGCACAGCUUCAGUGGCAGUAUUGUAUAUAUGUAAAAGUGACAUGAGCGUUUGUUCUUAUGGUCGUGAACAUGCACCUCCUGGAGUGGUUCAUUAGGUCCGCCUUGAAUUGCCUACAGCAGUAGUUGCCAUUUAUGCUGAUGCUCAGCAUUAGGCCAGGCUUUGGGUACAGCUGUACUGCUUGUUGCCGUUGUCUUACUUGCACAGUUACCCAAAAUGCAGUUUUACCGAGGUAUUUGCCCUAUUGCGAAACUGCUCUACUACCUACAGCCGCUGUGUUGUUCAUCAGAACAGGAUUGAUGGUGCCUGUUAGCUCAAAUAGCAAGAACAUCGCAUCCGACCGUGGUAUUAACAUGCAGACAAAUUUCAUUUCUAUCUUCAAGCUGUUCCUCCCCUGUACAUAAUCAGUUGUUUAUGUAUGCCACACACAAAAAAAAAACACAAUACUUCAGUUGUAUUUUCAUUCAUCCUUGCUUAAGCUCAUUCUCAUUUUUUUUCACUUUCCUAUACAUUCUACUUGGUUUGCUAAGACCACAUUUUUUUAUGGUAGGCCUAUCAGUCCAAGCAUGUAGACAUUGCUUAAGAAGUGAGGGCCUUGCUUUGUCUUGAGUAUUUGUAAUUCGAUAAUUCAUUUUCCUAUUGACUAGUCUCUUCAGGCUUGUGUGUCAGCUAGCAAGGCCUUUAUCGGUAAAGUCGUACUAAAUGCGACUCCUCAAAGUCAUCAGGAAAGCACAAAUGCUGUAAGAGAAAGCCUAGCAUAUUAACCUUGUCAGGCAUGUGUUCCCAGUACUUGCUGAAGCCUACCCAUCAAAAUAUUUGUAGAAAGUGAAUAAGUGCAGCCAUUUUGAUCAAUUUCCGAGCAGGUAUUACCAGCUCUCAUGAGUGUUUGGGAAUAUAAAUAUGUUUUUGCUUGAAAACUGCCCCUAUUAGUACAACAAUUUAGGAAUUUGUUUAUACUGUCAAAAUCAUACUCCUUAUAUAUAUAU